AUGUUACGACCUCCUCCAUCUGAGAUUCUUUAUGAAAUUUUUAAACAUUUCGAGAAUGACCCAGAUAAUUUACGUUCAUGUGUUUUAGUUAAUCGCACUUGGUGCGCUAAUGCUAUUCAAAUAUUAUGGAAUAAACCUUUUCAUCUUUUACUUAGCAGAAGUCUUGAUUCUUCUCAUCAUCUAAUUUCAACUUACUUAUCCUGCUUAAGUCCUGAUGAAAGACAUAAUCUUGAUUUACUUACUUUUCCUCAAACUUACUCUCUUUCUUCUUCAUUCUCUUUCAUCACUUCUAAAAGUUACUCUUCGCCAACUUUUAAUUACCCUUCAUUCUUGAGACAUCUUGCAUAUUACCCUUUAACAGCUUCGGUUCAAGAAUGGUGUGUUAUUAAUAAUCUAAAUACAUCCGAUAAUAAUCCUAUAAUGCAAAAAAUCAUACAUGUUUUAUGGGUAGGAUCAGUUAAAGAAAUUGAAUUGGCUGGUGAUUUUGCUUGUGACCAAGAUUUUCCAAUAUUAAUGCAAAUUUGUCGACAUCUUAAAAAGAUUGAUGUCAGACUACCUGAAUUCGAAUAUAGAGAAGACGAUGAUCAUUAUGACACCAGUGCCGUAUUCUCCGCUCGUUUUAUUGAAUCUCAAUUCGAAUUAAAACAUUUCAUUUUACGCGAAUGUCAUUAUCCUCAAUCUUUAGGCAUCGCGCUUUUACGUCAGAAAAAGACAUUACGUCACAUAAAAUUUUGUGAUAUAGUGUUUGAUAGAUCAUGCCCAUUAGAUUGGUUACCAAUUUGUCAAAAUUUAGAAAGAUUAGAAUUUAUUGAUUCAGAAAGUUUGAUACCUAAUGUUUUGGACCCACUUAGAUUAGCACCACUUACUAAUCUUAGGUCCAUAACAUUUAAAGAAGAUCCAGUACCAGCAGAAACUUUAGAAUCAUUAAUUUUAGCCAGUCACCAAAAGCUUGAAGAAAUAUUUUUUGGUUGGCCUGAAGAUUGCAGACAAGAAGGUUAUGCACAAGUAUUAAAUUCUAUCUCGAUGAAUUGUCCCAAUCUCGUACGACUUGGAGCCAUGAUCGGAUUAAAUGAAAUUGGAGAAUUAUUUGGAAUUUUAAAUAAUUGCAAAAAAUUAAAAACUUUAUACAUUUAUGGUAAUGGAAGAUAUUUUGAUGUCAACGAUAUUUUGCCAGAGAUUGGAAAAUUUUUACCUAGUACUUUGAUAGAAUUAAAUAUUUCAGCUAGAUGGAGAUUUGGUCCUAAUAGUUUAAAACAAUUUUUAAAAAAUUGUUGUACAUCUUUUGACAAAAGAGAAAAGGCGGUUCCAUUGAAAAAAUUGGUUAUAAGAAUUUGUGAUUUUAUUAAUGAUGAUCAUCUUAGAACUUUAGUUAGACAUUCUAUGAAAUCUUUAAAAUUUAUUACUUUAUUGAAUAAGAAAUUCUUUGUUAAUGAGGCUGGAAUUGAUAAAGCCA